AACAAAGUUUAUUAAAAUAUUCUAAAACCAAAGAAUCGAAAACUCAAAACUAAAAAAAGCGGACUAGAAGAGAGAAGACGUGAACCCCGGAGUACGUGGAAGUGGAGCUUCAGGAACUUUGCAGCCAGCUUAGAACAAACACAUUCCCAAGGAAAAGACUCUGCCCAAACACUAACGUGGAAAAUAAAAUAUUUUGUAAUUGUAAAGAAAAUGGCACAAACCCCGGAUGUAUAUCAGUGUCAACUGUGCUGCCGUUUUCACGCUCUGCAAACCUGCGCAUGUUUUCGAGAGAUGAGCGUGGCCGAUCGCAUAGAAGCUGUCCGCUUUUAUAAAUAUUGCAUGAACCCAUCUCAGAAUAGCUGGAGAAUAUGUAAAUUGGGUCAUCACACGCUUCUUCACCGCCCAACUACCAAUUUCACUGGGGAACGCAAACCAGCUCAACAUGCUGUGGGACGCAGAUCGAAACGCGAGACAGAAUGUCGCUCUACGGCAAUGAAGAUGUCGAAGUUUCGUUAUCAAGGAAACCCAAUGCCGUUUCGCGUAUCGAGUUGAAUCGCCUGGUCACCACGGCAUUCACAUCGCUGCAGCAGCUAGACAGCCUACUAAAUGUUGCACCCGUGCAAGGGCAGCGGCAUGUCGACGAUGAAGGAGAGCGAGGUGGCAACCUCAUUUUAUUCGACUAGUUUCUAAGAUUCCUCUAAACAAAAAUCCUCCAAAAAAAGUUGAUCUUGUAUAAACUCGCUGAAUUAACUAUUGAAUUGUGAACUGAAAUUGAAAUGUAAAAAGCUACAAGAAUAUAUAAGCGCGACCGUCUUACAGCACAGACGUGCCUUUGAGUCUACUCCACUUUUAUAA